AUUUCACUCCGUUACUAUGGAAACUCGUCCAAACAACAUCUGGCUGCCUCCCAGACAACGAUUCAAACAACUUUGAACAACUUUCGGUUGUGGUUGCUAACGUUGCGUUUUAUUUAUAUAUUUAAUUUGGGCUUGUCAGCACCUCCCCGUGGAUUACCGCAGAGCUGUUUUAGUUCAUAAUGUCUGCGCAUCCUCCGCCAACCAAAACGGUUAUUGUGUUCAGGAACGGAGAUGCUUUUUAUCCCGGCCGAAAGUUUGUCAUCAAUCAACGGCAGUCAUACACUUUUGACAGCUUUCUGAACACGGUCACUCGAGGCAUCACAGCUCACUUUGGGGCAGUGCGAAAUAUUUACACCCCUAACAGGGGUCACAGGGUGGCUAAUCUGGAGCAGCUGGUGCAUGGAGAGAUAUAUGUGGCAGCCGGAGCAGAGAGACUCAAAAAAACGGACUAUCGUCAUAUAACAACACAGAAACCUCCGAAAAAGAAAAGUGAACUGAUCCAACCUGUAGUUCACAGCAGAAUAAUUGUCCCAGCUCGAUGGAAGAGAAUCAGUAAUGAGUCGUGCAUCAUCAAUGUUUUUACCAAUGGAGAUAUCUUGGUUCCUCCAGCACGGGUGCUGAUUCCCAAACACACGCUUGCUAGCUGGGAAAACGUAUUGGCCAUGGUGACCGAGAGAGUUCACCUUCGCACUGGAGCUGUGCACAGAUUGUGCAUGCUGAAUGGGAGGCCUGUAUGUGGAUCGUAUGAGCUACAGAACAACCACUAUUAUGUUGCUGUAGGGACAGAGAGGUUCCGGUCUUUGCCAUAUCAUCUGGCCCCAAGCAAGGGAGUCAUCCACAAUAUCACCGAUGUGGUCAACAAUGGCAUUCAUCCAGUUCUAAAAAAAGAAAAACAAGACAGAACUUUGUUCGCAAAACCAGGAGUGGACAGCGCUGGCUCUGUUUUUUACGCCAAACAGCCCAGGCAGGGUUUGAAAAUCCCAGAUCUCUUUGCUACGGCAGAAAAAAGUGUCUUCAGAGCCACCAAAAAAGGGAAGGAGGCAGUAGUAGCAUCUGAAGUACUGGAAGAUGAAAAUAUGAAGGUGGAUCUUCCUAUUGAACAGAUGGAAGUAAAAGAAGUUGAGGAGGAACAAAACUCCUACAAAGACUUCAAAAACCAUCAAAAUGCAGCUUUUUCAACAAGGUCAUCCCCUUCCAGAACCAAUAAGAUCUCAGAAUAUACCUCAAGUAUGAAAGAGUCAAGAGACCUCCAACCCAACAGCCAUGGAGAGAGCAGGGACCAGUCAUUAGAUCAACAAGAACCAAAAGUACGAAGCUCACAACUCAUGGAAAAAUGCAACUGAACAUACGAAACAUAAAAUAUCUUUGAUUUGUACUCUUUUAAGAUGCUUAAACUUUUGUCUGCUAAGACAGGUGUUUACAGUAAAUUGUUUUUUUUUUGUUUGUUGUUGAUUUUAAUCUGUUGACUAAAAUUUAAGCGUACAAAAUAACCGUUAGUAUUGGUUGUCUCAAAACAAUGUUGUUGUUUUGAGACUUAUUUUUUGACAAUCAAACAGAAACAGAAACUGCCAUUUUUUCCUUAUGCAUAAUGUGAAGGCCUUUCUCACCUAACAAAAUUAU